AAGCCAUUGAAGCCCAAUUCCAACAUUUCCUUGUCGACAGUACCCCCGCUCAAAACCCCAACCACACGCUUCACCACCUCAACCUCAAGGGCAAAACAGUAAUUCCAGUCUAAGAACUCUGGGCAGCCUCGUUUUACCUGGGCUUUGAACAGGAGCCCGUUUCCUCGAUUCGCGAGCUCAAAAACACUCUCACACCCUCCCCUAAAUCUCUUAAUCAACCUAUACAUACACACUCCUGUACGUAUACACUCUCAUCUCCCGAGCUUCAAUUGCACACAGGGUCAUCUAGGGCUCCCCUUGAACUCGAUAUUCUUCUUUGAAGAUCAUUUCUUUGCCUACUCGGGUCAAGGGUUUGUGCACAGCUCUAGUAUCCAGGGGUGCUAUCAUAUUGUCAUGGGCUUCGUAUCAGUAAGGAAGUUCUUGAACUAAUGCAAUGGCAGCAUCUGGUAAAUUUGAUUUGUCUUCUGGAAGCCCGGAUAGGCCCUUGUAUGCCUCUGGGCAGCGAGGAUCUUACUCAGGUGCUUUAUUGGACAGAUCAAGCAGUUUCCGUGAGAAUAUGGAAAAUCCUAUUUUAUCAGCUCUUCCAAGCAUCUCAAGAAGCACUUCACCUGUUGCACAAGGAGAUGUAACUAACUUUUUACAGUGCUUGCGAUUUGAUCCUAAAGCAAUGGUUGCAGAUCAGAAAUUCAAUCGACCAAUGGAUUUUAAGCGGCUAGCUGGCCUUGCUCUUGGUGUUCCAUCAGACGACUCUCCAUCUGGUUCUGUGAAAAGCAAUCUUGCUUCUUCAUUACCUGAGGAAGUUAAACGUUUCAAGCUUGGUUUGCGGGAAAGUAGUAUUAAGGCCAGGGAGCGUGUGAAGACUUUCAGCGAGGGGUUAUCAGUGUUCAGCAAGUGCUUUCCAGGCAUACCAUCAAGAAAAAGAUCCCGGUCAGAUGUUUUAUCCGGGGAGCGGUUAUUUUCAAGUGAUCGUUCUGUUAGUGGGCCACCUGGAGGUAAAAUGGGUGCCUUGAGCCAUACUGUUACUAGUGGUUUUGAACGUGACCAACAAAAGUCAGAUGAGAGAAUUAAGAAUUCAAUCCCGAACAAGCGCACCCGAACAUCAAUGGCAGAUCCCAGGAUUGAUGUACGACCAAAUACUCCUGCAAGGACAUCUGGCAAUGCUGAUAGGGAUAAAGAAGGGUCAAGACCUCCAAAUAACAGUGUAACUCAGGUUGAAGACCGAACACUGCCUAUAGGUGUUGAUAUUUGGGAAAAGUCAAAAAUGAAGAAAAAACGUUCUGGGAUAAAGGCAGAUGCUGCUCCAAGUUCCAUUGCAUUAAAGCUAAAUGAUGGGUAUCGGGAACCAAGACAAGGAUUGCAGCCAAAGCAUCUUUCGGAAUCUCGUUCUAGGUUGAAUGAUUCCAAUGGUUUAAGGCCAGGAGCUGUUAAUGGAAUUAUUGGGGUUGUAAAAGCUGAUGGCGCAUCACAGCCGGCUAGCCUGGGUGUGCGUUCUUCCAUCCCUAGGUCUGAGCAGGACAUUGCUUCUGCUCCUAACGAGAAAAGAGUAACUACUAGUUCGGACAAGGAGAGAGUUAAUCCCAGAGCUGUCAACAAAACGAAUACCAGGGAAGAGUUCACUUCUGCCAGUCCUACUUCAAGUGUAAAACUCAAUGCAGCUUCUCGGGCUCCACGGUCAGGUCCAGGCAUUGUUCCAAAACUAUCACCGGUUGUUCCAAGGGCAACUGCUGCUGAUUGGGAAUUUUCUCAGUGUACAAGCAAGAACCCAACUGCUAUUGGGACUAACAAUCGCAAACGCGCUUCUUCAACACAAUGUUCAUCACCACCUGUUGCUCAAUGGGCUGGCCAGAGGCACCAGAAGAAUUCCCGUUCAGCAAGAAGAACAAACUUAGUCCCUAUUACUAGUAAUGAUGAAACCCCUUCAUUAGAUACUAUGUCUGAUGCUGCUGGUACUGAAAAUGGGUCAGUCUUCCCAAGGCGCCUUUCCAGCAAUUCCCCUCAGCAGGUUAGAAUAAAAGGGGAUCAGUACCCAUCGACUGCAUUAUCAGAAAGUGAGGAGUCUGGCGCUGCUGAAGUUAAAUCUAAAGAUAAGGCCAAGAACUCUGACGAGGCAGACAAUAAAUCUGGGAAGAAUGUUCAAAAAACUGCUACUCUUGUUGUGCCACCAAGGAAAAAUAAGAUGGCUACUGGAGAUGAUAUCGGAGAUGGCAUUCGAAGACAAGGAAGGACUGGACGAGGUUUUAGUUCCACGAGGUCCCUCGUUCCAGUGACCAUGGAAAAGCAUGGUAAUAUUGGAACCACAAAACAGCUCAGAAGUGCCAAAUUUGGUUUUGACAAGACAGAGAGCAAAACAGGUCGACCACCAACUAGGAAGCUCUCAGAUCGUAAGGCUUAUACCCGGAAGCAUACUACAUUAAAUGCUGCAGCAGAUUUUCUUGUUGGUUCCGAUGACGGGCAUGAAGAGCUACUGGCGGCUGCGAAUGCUGUUACUAGUACUGCUUAUGCUAGUUCAAGUUCAUUUUGGAGGCAGAUGGAGCAGUUAUUUCGUUUCAUUUCUGAAGUUGACAUUGACUAUUUAAAGCGGCAGGAAAAUAUUGACAUUACUGCUCUUAAAUCAAACCUGAUACCAUCAAACAGCCUGUUGCACAAUGGAACUGUGUUUGACCGAUUAAGAAACAUGUCUGAAGGAAAGUAUUCUGAAUUUAGCUUAGACCAAUUUAGCCCAGGAGCAGGAUCUUCCAGUGACGUUCCCCUGUGUCAGAUACUUCUUUCUGCUUUAAUUUCAGAAGAUGGAAAUGAAGAACCUUGCUGCAGUGAAAACGAAGGAUCAGAAUAUAACACUUAUGGAUCUGAUGAGUUUGAUGAAGAGGUAGAACCUGAUUCUUUCAGCCACCAGUCAUUACACAACUUUGAGCUUGCUGGGCGCACUGGUUUGGGUGGAUAUAGGAUAACUGCCAGUGGGAGAUCCUUUAAUGAGCUGGAGCAUGAUGUGUCUGAGAAGGACAGUUUUUCCAUGCCAGGCAUGUAUAUUACAUCCGGUGUCGAUCAUUCCCAAAACGACUCGCUUCCAAAACAAGCAGAAAAACCUGUUUUAUUCUGCUCCAAUUUUCAGUAUAACAAAAUGUCCAUUAAUGAAAGGGCACUGUUGGAGAUUCAAAGUAUUGGACUUUCCCCUGAACCAGUGCCUGAUUUAGCUCAAACAGGGGAUGACGAAAUCAGUCGAGAUAUCAAAAAACUUGAGGACAAGUAUCAGGAGCAGGUUUGUAGGAGGAAAGACUUCCUUGACAAACUGUUGAAGUCGUCAAUAGAAUCAAGAGAGCUUCAAGAGAAGGAAUUGGAACGGAGUGCUCUUGAGAAACUUGUCGGAAUGGCAUAUCAGAAAUACAUGAGUUGUUGGGGUCCAAAUGCCCCUGGAGGAAAGAGUGCUAGUGGCAAAAUGGCGAAGCAAGCUGCUCUAGCUUUUGUCAAACGAACAUUGGCACGAUGUGUGGAAUUUGAAGUAACGGGUAAAAGCUGCUUUGGUGAGCCUUUAUUUAGGGAAAUGUUUCUCUCUAGUUCUUCUCAAUUGAGUGACGCUCAACAAAUGCAUGUCACUAGAGAUGGAGAAUCUGAAACACAUUAUGGUAUUGCAUCAAGACCUUCGAGGGAAGGUAGAAUUUCAGGUCUUGUGGGUACACCGCAAACCCCUUCCGUUAGCAACCAUGAUGCGUAUAGUCCUGGCGGUUUCUUAGGGAACUACCUCCCUGAGAGAAAUAUAGGCAAAGAAGAUACAUGGUCAAACAGAGUGAAAAAGAGGGAGUUGUUGCUUGAUGAUGUUGUUGGGGGUGUUGUUGGAACUUCACCAGGUAUCUCUUCAGGCAUUGGCACUUCAAUUUCAAGUAGUACAAAAGGAAAGAGGAGUGAUAGGGACAGAGAAGGUAAAGGAAAUAACAGAGAGGUCUUAUCUAGAAAUGGGACUACUAAAAAUGGGCGGACAACAUCUGGCAAUCCCAAGGUAGAAAAGAAAUCCAAGUUGAAGAGUAAGCAGAAAACAACUCAAUUAUCUGCUGUCAAUGGCAUUAUUGGAAAGAUGUCCGAGCAACCAAAAAAUUUACCAUCUUCUAUUCCCAAGUCUGGGGAUAAUGGAAGGGAAAAGGACAACUUUAAGUUGGAUGUAUUGGACAACACUGAGGCCAUUGAUUUUUCCACCCUACACAUGGAUGGGGGUCUAGAUGUCCCUGAUGAUCUUGGUGAUCAAGGGCAAGACAUUGGUUCGUGGUUAAAUAUUGACGAUGAUGGGUUACAAGAUGACGACUUUAUGGGCCUUGAAAUUCCCAUGGAUGACCUAUCAGAGUUAAAUAUGAUGGUCUGAAUUUUCUUUCAUUGUAUAGACCUGUUUAUUAUACAGUUCACAGAGGAAACAGAAUCACCGUUGUAAGAGGUGACAAGAUACAUGGAUGGUCAUGGUACUGCCCCUUUCAUAAGCAGGCUAUAGAUUCUUUUGGAAAUCCCGCAUAAGUUAAUCUCCGAAUGAACCUUUCGGAUUUUGCUCUGGCUUAAGUUGAUGAUGUUGACUGUAAAAAUAUUUGCGCACAUCCGAGCUAGUAUGUCCUAGUCAUAUCUUAGCAAUGACUGUAGUCUGGAUGUAACAUUAAAUAUUAGGGCUAAUAGGCCUUGUGUACAUAUUUUCAGUUUUCAAUAAAAUAAACUCGUUUAGUCAA